UAAUUUGUGAUCUGAACCGAAUGGCCAGAGAUACAAAUAAUUAAAAAAAUUAGAACAUCAUAGUAAAACUAAUUGUUUUGCAACUUAUUCUGUGCUGGUUGAUAUAUGUUACUAACGAAAAUAAACAAUUUUUGUAGUUUAAUGUAGAAAAUAUUAGUUAGCUUAUAAGAAACUUGUUAAUAGUUACUACGGAUACACUUUUUUUUCUUAUAUAAGCAGACAAAUUUUACGAAUACAAUUACUCCUUUGAAAAUUUUUAAUUUAAAGUGUCUAUCAUCUUAAUUGUUCUCAAAGUCAACAUCGUGCAAACCUUUAAGUUUUUAAAUAAUUUUUUAAAUAAUCCAUAACGAUGAAAACGAAGACUCAGAGAUUAUUUGCUCAACUCAAGCGUUUACGUGAAAAUCCUACUUAUCCGUUUAUAACGCCAUCUUUCGCCCAUAUACACAACUGUAAUAAUAACAAGUCUGCUAUUGUGUCCACUAGUAAGAGUUUACCAAAGGCCAACCCAAAAUGCUCGUCAACAAAAUCUGUAUCAGAAAAACCGCAAAUGAAGAAUCCACAAGACGUUCCUGUUAAAUCGACUUCGACAGAUAUUAACAAAUCAUCUCCAAAGAAAAAAGUCGUCGUCGAUGGUAAGGAAAAGGACGCAGUCGGACCCCAGCCAAGAUCAAGUACAAAAAAGCUUAAAUCUAAGUCGGGAAUUCCGAAGGAACCUUUUAAAAAUUCAUGUUCGUCGAAAAGACCAAACGUUUUUGACGACAAUGGGUCUUCUAAGAGACCUAAAUACUCGAGCUCUGUCGAGUUACGCCCUAGUGCGGAUGAGUCUGAAAAAACAAUAAUCCCAAAGGCCAUUUCUUCAACUUCAGAUUCGGUAAAUGAAUCGCAGACCUCGCAAGAUUAUAAAAACGAUUAUAAUGGGCUUUCCUCUAGCUCAGCUCGACCUACUGACCAGCGUAAAAAUCUGCCCAAAAAGAAAAGCUCGAACACAAUCUUGGAGGGAAAAUCGUCUAAGAAAACUGUUUACUCGAGCGCCGUCGAGUUCCACUCGACACCUGAUAAUAAAUUCGAUGGCAAAAACAUGUUGAAAAUCAAAAAAAAACCUUCUUCCGAUAAAUAAUUUCUAAUUUCUAAGG